AUGCCUGUUAAGUUUGGUGUACCCCAAGGAUCUGUGCUAGGUCCGAUUCUCUUCUCGUUAUUUUGUAAUGAUUUGCCAGAUAUCGACGACUUAAAAGAAGGAGAAAUUUACAUGUAUGCGGACGAUACUACACUUUAUGUCAUUGCGCCAAAUCACGAUUUGGUGGCAAAUAUUCUGAACAGGAUCUUAGGCAAACUUUACAAAUGGUGCUGCGAAAAUCGAUUGACGCCGCAUCCUGACAAAACGGAGUUCAUGCUGAUGAGUCGAAGGAGGUUCGUCGGCCCACUCCAAUGCAUCAAAUUAGGAGGAAACCAGAUAAAACAAGUCGUGUCAAGCAGAUGUUUAGGGCUGCAAAUCGACUGCAAUCUGGGGUGGAGCAGUCAUGUCUCGGAUUUAAUUCUGUCAUUUAGUCAAAAACUCAAUCUACUGAAAUCAUUGUACUUCUUGCCAAUUAAUGCGAAGCUAGACUUUUAUUUCAAAGUUGUGUUACCUUCCAUCACGUACGGAAUUUUGAUAUGGGGUUCAUGUGGAAAGACCUUGUUCGACGAGUUGGAACGAAUACAUGUCCGGUCAGCGAAAGUUAUCUUUGGCCUGGAUUGGUACACCUCAGGAAAAGAUGUUCUCGCAAAAGUGAAGUGGUUUACGCUGAACAGUAUGUUUAAACAACAACUUUUAUACUUAGCUUAUAAAAACUAUUAUAAUCUGAUUCCUGCAACGUUGCAAUCUCUAUUCAUAAAAACUGGCCAUCGCUAUGAACUUAGAAAUAAAAUGACUUAUGUACUACCGAAACCUAACACUGACUAUCUAAAAAAAUCCAUAUCUUACCAGGCUGUCACUCUCUGGAACUCGCUAGAUAAAGAACUUAAAUCAACUGAAUCUCUCGCUAAGUUCAAAAAGUCUGUCAAGGCGUUGCAAUUGUAGACAGUAAUAAUUAAUAUAUGACUAGCUAAUGCCUAAUUAUUGCUAAAUUAAUCAAAUCCUGCCUUAACAUAGCUAUAUAUCUUACAACAAAGCUGGUUAAUCUCGCUAAGAGCACUUAAUUAAAGCUUCUACUUGCAUGUCUAAAGUAUUUCGUAGUUAUUUCCUAAAGGGUUUAUGUUUUGGUAUUACUGACUGACUGGAAAUUAGAUGGUCAUAUAUAAUAUAACAAUUGUGCUACAAUGCGACGCCAUAGGUUUAAGUAGUUAAUAUGUAUGGAUUGUGUAAAAUAGUAUCUCAGUUAUGUGACAUGUAAUUUGUUGUUCUGUUAGAUCAUGUAGAGAUAGAUGUAUUCAGUUAGUUUAUAUUUAUAUAUUGUAGUUAGUUUUACGUGCACGACCACAUCAGCUAUGCUGUAAAUUUACUAUCGUGUUUAAAUAAAUGCUUUUAUUAUUAUUAUUAUUAAUAGUUGUUCUUUGUAAUAAAUUAGAAUUACAUAUUUAUUAAAUACUUAUAUCAAUUUUGAGUACUAUAGUGCUAUCAAGUUGAUUAUCCUUUAACGUCUUUGUUCAUGUUAUUUCUAACGAGAGAUUUGCGUGUUAACUAUACGUAUGGUUAACUAUACAUAUGGUUUACUAUACAUAUAUAUGGUACACAGGGAGCUUUCUCACAAAAUGGUUUUCAGAAAGGUUCUGAACUAAAUAAACAAACUUACAAGGAAGACAGGCAUAUACUACAUAAUUAUGAGAAAUAGUUGGACAAUUACACAAAAGAAAUAUAUAAUGUAAUAACAAUUAUAUCAGAAAGUUCCUUUGUAAAAAAUUGUAUAAAUGUAAAUUUCUUUUAGAAAAAUUCUGCAGUCCAAAUGUUAUUCUCGAUGACCCAACAUGCUUGGGAUAAUACUUAUACUGUAAAUCGAUGAGAUGCAGAAGUCAUGUCUCUCCUGAUGAUGUAGCAUGUUGGUUGUUUCUACAUAAACAAGCAUAAGGAAAUUAAUGUCUAGAUACCAUAUAAGUCCUUAGACGUUACAGCUGCCAUGUUGCCGGUGUUCCAAUUCAAAAUAAUUAAACUCUCUUGUCUGGAACACCAACAUGACCGCCUUGGUGGCUUUUGUUGAGUUGUCUCUUUGGAUUGAGUGUAAGCGCUCGCUAUUAUACGUAUUUUAUUCCGACUUGUUAAAUGUUGUAAAGAAUACUUACCAGUUGCAUAGCAAUGGUAGUAUGCAUUUCUACAGAUUACAAUUAGAAAAUUGAAAGUCUUGAAUAAUCUAUAAACAUUAAUACAGUAUGAAAAGUAGGAGUAGACUCCAUGUGAGUUCUUCAGGUAUUUUUUUUUAAGUUUGUCUACUUGCUAUUGAAGAUAUCGAUUAACAGAGACAUUAUUAAUAUUUGAAGUGUUAAAAUAUUAAAUAUUUACUUAAAUAGGUUUAAUUCAUGGACUAUUGAAGUAAAUAAAUUGAAUUGUUGUGUCGUAUUUUCUCUCUCUCAGGCCUCAGAUGAUCUGUACCAAAUUGAGCGAAUGUAUAUAUGUGUUAGAAAUAUUUACAUACAGCUAUAUUCCUGUCAUCUUUAAUCAGAAGCAUACCAAAGUAUUAUUGAGAGGGGCCAUGAUAACGGAGGUAGUCAGCUAAUGUCUAAAAGUUAUUCCAGUGAAAUUGUUCUCGAUAUGUUUUUUUGUGUCUUCUUUCAUUCCUUACUGCAUGGGAGGAGAGCUAUCUGCAGAGUUGGGAUGGGGUGGGAGGAAACAAACAUGUGAACUUCAAAUACUUGAUCCCUCCUAUAUGUAAUGUUAAAGGGGUCAUAUAACAUACUGUAUAACUGAAUUUGAAUUGGAAGUUUAUACAUGCAACUAAUGCAAUAAGUCACCUUGCAUGUCUACACAGAAAUUCCAGAAUGAACGCUCCUGUUUCGCAGACGGUUUCUUGGAUUUCUUCUUUUAGGACGGAUAACUUGUCCAAUGAAUAUUUACUAUUGUGAUUACAUCUCUAUGGAGGUAUGCAAUAUCACUUGUGUUUUAUCAGGAACUGAUGUUUAUAUUAAACAUGUCCAUGCGAUACUAUGUACUAUAUAACAUCUCGUUUGACUGUAUGAUCGCAUUGGCAAUAAAAAAUUAGUUUGUUUCAUUCAAAAGAACUCUUAAAAUUAUAUAUUAAUCUCUGUUACAGAUUUGUCAUAUCUUGCUUAGUUCUCGAAAUAUUUAGACCGAAAUUAAUGAGCUUUCCACCAUUUUGGAAAAAUUCUUUACCUCGAUCAUUAGUCUCAUUAACUAUGGUUUUGAUAAUGUCAGUUAACCAUAUAAAACUACUCUAAAAUGACCGAGUAACAAUCCAAAAGUGUUUGAAAUGUUUUUAAUCAUUUCUAAAUUUCAGACAGUGACCAGAAACGAAGUUUUGGACCCAUAUUGAUCGCUUACUCUCAAGAUAAAAAAUUAGGGUGACCUUCUCUUGACAAAACAUGCAUAUCCUCAAUAAUCCAAGAUGGCGAACAGCUCACUUUUUUCAGUCAAAAUAUUUUGAAAACUAAGCAAGAUAUAAACAAUCUGUAAUAGAGUUUAAUAUAUAGUUUUAAGAGUUCUUUCAAAUGAACUAAACUAAUUUUUUAUUGCUAAUGUCCUUUAACAUUUUUCAUGCCAGAAAGUGAACAAGAACAACUGGAACAAUAUUCAUAUAUGUACUAUUUUAUAGUUUAUCAUCAAUACGAAAACAUUUUCAGACAGUUAUGCGAACAUCUCAAAUAUAUAUUGCUUAUAGUGAUCACUAGCUGUAUCUGAGUGCAAAUUGAAAUUAUACUACAAUUCCUAAUAGACAUUUGUUUGUUAUGUUAAGUAUAAUAACUGACAAACACUGUAUGGAGCAAUAGUACAAUGGGCAAAAAUUUUUUUUCCCCUUCCACUAUUCGUUGUGCCUCCUCCCCACCCUGAAAACAAGAAGAAGGAAAAAAAGAAUAAGAAGAUCGAAGGCUUGUGCAAUUACUCCAUUAAAAUAAUUGCAUUCACUUCAAACUUUAUCAUGCAUUAACACUCAAAAUUACUGCUAUAGUGGAUUACAAAUAUCAGUUUAUUACAAUUUGAAACAUCAAAUUUCCUUUUUAUAUUUUUGCAGUAUCGUUUUAACGUGUCCUAAAAAUUUUUUUGGAUGACAGGAAAAGAAGUGUAAGUGCUCUUCUUGUCUUCCAAUUAUUCCAACUAUUUGGAGAGGAAUUAGGAAAACGUGUGCGAAAAGAAGAACCAAUCGACUUCAAUGGGCAUGAAAUGGGGCCAGAAGGGCGUGGAAAAGUGCGAUACAUUGGCGGAUGGGUCAUCAGCAAUGCUAUCAACAAAGCACGAAGCUAUGUCGUCGAUAACAAAUUAUCGGAGUCGACUAACAUACGCAUCAAGAUCAACGAAAUGAUGAAGAAAAUAGAGCUUUUGGAAAACAAUGUGGUGAUACUCACGAAGCAGUCCGCCAUUCAUCUGCCAAUCAGGAAACCCUUAACCUGA